AUGGGAGGAAAUUACCAGAUCUUCUCGGAAAUGUUGAAGCGCAGCUCGGCGAAAUUACGCCUGGGAGCGUCUGGGGAAGUGACGGGAAUAGUCAAGUUUGGAAGUCUGGCCGAAGUGAUCGACGCUGGGUACCUAUCUUCGACUCAAGCUGAGAAGCAUUCCAA